AUGCCUGCUUUUCAGUCCAAAACCUUUCGCCGGGCCACUACGGCAUCGUCCUCGCUGGGAGAACGGAUCGGCGCCUUGUAUCGAGCAAGACUUUCUCAGCACCCUUUCCUCCUCUUCGGACUUCCAUUCAUUGCCGUCAUCGUGGCUGGCUCCUUCGUGCUGACUCCCGCGGCGGCUUUGCGAUAUGAGCGUUACGAUCGGAAAGUCCAGCAAGUCAGCCAAGACGAGGCUUUCAAACUCGGUCUCAAGGGUCCUGAUGGAGAAGAGGGAAUCAAGCGGAACCCACGGAGGAGAGUUGUCGGCGAUGAGCGCGAGGAGUAUUAUAGGCUGAUGGCUAAGGACCUGGACGACUGGGAACAGAAACGGGUACAGAGGUUCAAGGGCGAGCCGGAUGGGAGGAUAUAA